AUGAACGUCAGCCAGGGAGCGGGCACGGUGCCCUGCAGCAGCCUCCCACCCACCGAGGGCAGCUGUGGGUGGGGCCCCUGGGCCAACGGGACCGAGGGGGCCCUGCAGCUGCCCACCUUCUCCCCCGCCGCCAAGGCCCGCGUCAUCCUCACCUUCGUGCUCCUCACCCUCUCGGCCGCCGGCAACCUGGCGGUGCUGUGGGCGGGCGCGGGCGGGCGGCGCGGGAAGCUCUCGCACGUCCGCGUGCUCCUGCUGCACCUGGCGGCGGCCGACCUGCUGGUCACCUUCGUGGUGAUGCCGCUGGACGCCGUCUGGAACAUCACGGUGCAGUGGCAGGCGGGGGACCUGGCCUGCCGCCUCCUCAUGUACCUCAAGCUGGUGGCCAUGUACGCCUCGGCCUUCAUCACCGUGGUGAUCAGCCUGGACCGCCAGGCUGCCGUCCUGCGCCCGCUGGCCAUCGCCCAGGCCCACACCAGGAACCGCCUCAUGCUGUACGCGGCCUGGCUGCUGAGUGCUGGGCUCUCCGUGCCCCAGCUGUUCCUGUUCCACACAGUCACCAUCCGCUCCCCGCAGAACUUCACCCAGUGCACCACGCGGGGCAGCUUCCCCCGGCGCUGGCACGAGACGGCCUACAACAUGCUGGGCUUCGCCUGCCUGUUCCUCCUGCCCCUGCUCAUCAUGCUCUGCUGCUACUCCCGCAUCCUGCUGGAGAUCUCCCGCCGCAUGGGCUCCAGCCUCUUCUCCAAGGAGGUGCCCCUGCGCCGCUCCACCAACAACAUCCCGCGGGCGCGGCUGCGUGUACUGAAGCUGAGCCUGGUCAUCGUCAGCUCCUUCAUCGUGUGCUGGACGCCCUACUACCUGCUGGGCCUCUGGUACUGGUUCUGCCCCCGCGCCAUGCAGGAGACGGUCUCGCAGUCCCUCACCCACGUCCUCUUCAUCUUCGGCCUCCUCAACGCCUGCCUGGACCCCCUCACCUACGGCCUCUUCACCAUCCCCUUCCGCAGGGGGCUGGGGCACUGCUGCCGGGGGGGGCACGGAGCAGGGCCCGAGCCCUGUUCCCCGCCAACUGGCUCCUCGCGCUGCUCCGCCACCUCCUUUCACGCCAAGCGGGGCACCACGGCCCCCCCGGCGCACGAGACGCCCGCGGCCCAGAGCCACCUGGGCAAUGGGACCGGCAGCGUCGACAGCGGCUACCUGUGA